UCCGGAUGUGGAGGAUGUUUCCUCAAUAGUCUCCAGCUCCUCGUCAGAGGACGUUUGUGAAAAGCUCCAGCGGAGCCCGUGUGGCCUGACGAGGGGGAAUCGAACCCACCUAGACGGCCCUAGUGAGUCCGAUCCGCCCGGUCCACACGGAACCUCCUCGGAACACCUGGAGGAAAACAGCUCGUUUCUCUGGAAGGUCAGCUCACCAGGCGGUACACAUCACCAUGGCCCAGGAGACCAAUCAGAGCCCAGUUCCUACCCUCUGUGCCAAUGGCUGUGGUUUCUUUGGCAACUCUAGCACGAAUGGCAUGUGCUCUGUGUGCCACAAGGAACACCUGUCCAGACAGAACAAUGGAGGAAUCAGUUCUUUGACUUCUAUGGGCAGCAACAGUGGCUCGGCUGAGGCGUCGGCCAUGCAGCGGUUGGAGGCCACCUUGAACAAUGCUGCAGCCGCCGCCGUCGCUGCAGCAGAGGAGGCGGCCAAGGCUGCCGCCGCCGCUGAGGCUGUCGCCGCCGAGGCGCUCAGUGGGGCUUCGUCGGCCCUGUCCAUGACUCAGCAGAUGACGGAGAUGAGUCUCUCCUGUGAGGACAGAGGAGCCUCAGGGAGCAGGACCGAGCUCGCAGAGCCAGUUGUGAGUCAACCCACAGUCUCGUCCUCCAGCCCGUCCACUGCUGGCAGUGACGAGUCCGAAACCCCAGAGCCCGGGAAACCCAAGAAGAAACGCUGCUUCAUGUGCCGUAAAAAGAUCGGCCUCACAGGUUUCGACUGCCGCUGUGGGAAUCUGUUCUGUGGAAUUCACCGUUACUCCGACAAGCACAACUGCCCGUACGACUACAAAGCCGAAGCUGCCGCCAAGAUCCGCAAAGAGAACCCAGUGUGCGUCGCUGACAAGAUCCAGAGAAUAUGAGGAGGCCUCUCAGUUUGACUUUGAAUACUGGGAGUGGAUCGGAUUUAAAAAAAACUAAAAAGACUUGAACCCAAACCUUCUCCCUGAAGGAUCCGUUCUUUUUUUUCUUCUUUUCUGGUUUGUAACACAUUCAGGACAUUUCCCCCCCCCCGUGCAUGGAAGUUCACGUGUAUUUUCAGCUUUGUUGUUGUUGUCAGGGGUGUGUGUGAGUCUAACAGUUUUGAAGAGUUGUAUUGAACAAGCAGAUAUUGUGUGUGAGGAUUCAGUGCGGGUGGGAGAAGUGACUGAGCGAGACUGCUGAAGGAAAGCCGUUGUUUCCCUUUAGAGAAGCUCUGUGAUGCGUGUCCGGUCCGUGGUGAUCGGGCUGCGAUCACGUGACCUCUGACCCCGGGAAGCGUCCGGACACAUCCAGGCUUCCGAUUGGCCCGUUGACUGUUACUGCUGCCGGCUGAUUGGACCAGCUCAGCCGCUGCGCUUGCUCUCUGCUGGCUUGAGUAGCAAAAUGGACGUUUGCCUCUUUCUCUCUUGCUGUUUUUUCUUUUUCUUGGAGCCUCCACUUGAGGUCAGAGUUAAACGCUCCGGACCUGGUGGGACUUUGCGUCCUGGUAAGUUAUUAUCCAAGUGAAAAAACGCUUCUCUGUGCUGCCGGACCCCCGUCCCUGUCAAAAUAAAGCGAGACUCUGUGGCUGGUGCUCCUCUUCUUCCCUUCUGCAGUGAAAUCCUUCUUCUCCCGCCGUUACUGGACUGAAUGCUGUGAUUUGCCCUUGGGGGGGGGGG